GGCUGCUGUCGUCGGGGAUGCAGAUUGAAGCUCAUCCGAACAGAACCUGUCGAACCCGGAACCCAGAACCCAGAACCCGCCACCGACACACCGGUACCAAGACCCGGACAGUACCGAGUACCGAGAUCCAGUGUCGAGACCCGGAGCCCAGCCGACUGUCGACUGCAGGCCGUCGCCAUGGACACCACCACGUCCAUCAAGAUGACCACCCUGGCCAUCCAGAACCUGUUCAGCUACGUGGAGGAGGAGAACCUGUCCGCCCUGCGGACCCACCUGGACCGCUUCAAGGAGGUGGACGGACGCAGUGACAACGGCCAGACUCCCCUCAUGCUGGCGGCGGAGCAGGGCAGCCUGGAGAUCGUCCAGGAGCUGAUCCGGAGGGGGGCCAACGUCAACCUGGACGACGUGGACUGCUGGUCCGCCCUGAUCUCGGCGGCUAAAGAGGGACACGUGGACGUGGUGAAGGAGCUGCUGGACAGCAGCGCCUACAUCGAGCACCGGGACAUGGGAGGGUGGACUGCUCUCAUGUGGGCGGCCUAUAAAGGUCGUGAGGAGGUCACCGAACUGCUGCUGGAGCACGGAGCCAACCCCAACACCACGGGACAGCAGUACAGUGUGUAUCCCAUCAUCUGGGCCGCCGGUAGAGGCCACGCCCACAUCGUCAAGGUGCUGCUGGAGCACGGGGCAAAGGUCAACUGCUCUGACAAGUAUGGCACCACUCCUCUGAUCUGGGCUGCCAGAAAAGGACACUUCGACUGUGUGAUGCACCUGCUGGAGAACGGAGCGGAUGUGGACCAGGAGGGAGCGAACUCCAUGACGGCGCUGAUCGUGGCGGUGCGCGGCGGCUACACGGCGGUGGUGAAGGAGCUGCUGAAGCGGAAUCCCAACGUCAACAUGACGGACAAAGACGGCAACACGGCGCUCAUGAUCGCCGCCAAGGAGGGCUUCACCGAGAUCGUGCAGGACCUGCUGGACGCCGGGACCUACGUCAACAUCCCGGACCGGAGCGGGGACACGGUGCUGAUCGGCGCCGUCCGAGGCGGACACGUGGACAUCGUCCGGGCGCUGCUGCAUAAAUAUGCAGACAUUGACAUCAGAGGACAGGAGAGUAAGACGGCGCUGUACUGGGCCGUGGAGAAAGGAAACGCCACCAUGGUGAGAGACAUCCUGCAGUGUAACCCCGACACCGAGACCUGCACCAAGGACGGGGAGACUCCUCUGAUCAAAGCCACCAAGAUGCGGAACGUGGAGAUCGUGGAGCUGCUGCUCGACAAAGGAGCCAAGGUGUCGGCCGUGGACAAGAAGGGCGACACGCCGCUGCACGUGGCGAUCCGCGGCCGCAGCCGCCGCCUGGCCGAGCUGCUGCUGCGGAACCCCAAAGACGGCCGGCUGCUGUACCGGCCCAACCGCGCCGGCGAGACGCCCUACAACGUGGACUGCAGCCACCAGAAGAGCAUCCUCACGCAGAUCUUCGGAGCGAGACACCUGUCCCCCUCGGAGACGGACGGAGACAUGCUGGGCUACGACCUGUACAGCUCGGCGCUGGCCGACAUCCUGAGCGAGCCGACCAUGCAGCCGCCCAUCUGCGUGGGGCUGUACGCCCAGUGGGGCAGCGGCAAGAGCUUCCUGCUCAAGAAGCUGGAGGAUGAGAUGAAGACCUUCGCUGGCCAGCAGGUGGAGCCACUGUUCCAGUUCUCCUGGGUCCUGGUCUUCCUGUCCCUGCUGCUCUGUGGUUCCGUCGCCGUCGUCCUCGGGUUCUCCGUCGACCCCAAGCUGUCCGUGGCCGUCUCCCUGAGCCUGCUGGCCCUGAUCCACCUCUUCUUCGUGCUGGUGUACUUCGGCGGCCGCCGGGAGGGGGACAGCUGGACGUGGGCGUGGCUUCUGAGCACCCGGCUCGCCCGGCAUGUCGGGUACCUGGAGCUGCUGCUGAAGCUGAUGUUCGUCAACCCGCCGGAGCUGCCGGAGCAGAGCACCAGGGCCCUGCCCGUCAGGUUCCUGUUCACGGACUACAACCGUCUGUCCAGCGUUGGAGGAGAGACGUCCCUGGCGGAGAUGAUCGCCACGCUGUCCGACGCCUGUGAGCGGGAGUUCGGCUUCCUCGCCACGCGUCUCUUCCGCGUCUUCAAGACCGAGGAGACGCAAGGGAAGAGGAAGUGGAAGAAGACGUGCUGCGUCCCGUCCUUCGUGCUCUUCGUCCUGGUCCUGUCCUGCCUGCUGGCCGGCCUGGCGCUGCUGGCGGCGUUCCGGGCGGACGGGCAGAACCGCUCGGUGAACGGCGUGCUGGUGGGCCUGGGCGGCGUGGUGGGCGUGGCCGUCCUGCUGAACUGCAGGACCUGGUGGCAGGUGACCGACUCGGUGCUGCACUCCCAGAGGAAGAGGCUCCACGGCGCCGCCAACAGGAUGCACAAGCUGAAGAGCGAGGGCUUCAUGAAGGUGCUGAAGUCGGAGGUGGACCUCAUGUCUCGAAUGACCAAAACCAUCGACGGCUUCACGCAGCACCAGACCCGGCUGGCCGUGGUCAUCGACGGCCUGGACUCCUGCGAGCAGGACCGGGUGCUGCAGAUGCUGGACACGGUGCGCGUCCUCUUCUCGAAGGGGCCGUUCAUCUCCAUCUUCGCCAGCGACCCGCACAUCAUCAUCAAGGCCAUCAACCAGAACCUGAACAGCGUGCUGCGCGACUCCAACAUCAACGGCCACGACUACAUGAGGAACAUCGUGCACCUGCCCGUCUUCCUCAACAGCAGGGGCCUCUCCAGCGCCAGGAGGAUGUGCGCCGCCGCCGCCGCCGCGCCCGCCAACGGGGACGCCGCCGCCGCCGACGGUAACCUUGGCUGGCACGAGGAGCUGGACAGGAAGUUGUCUCAGCACAGUCUGGGGGAGUUAAAGUUUGGCAGCAGGACGACUCUGAACCGGAGGGACACGUACCGCCGGCGGCAGGCGCAGCGCUCGGUGACUCGGCAGAUGUCGUUCGACCUGACGAAGCUGAUGGUGACGGAGGACUGGUUCAACGACAUCAGUCCCCAGAGCCUGAGGCGGCUGCUCAACAUCGUGUCAGUGACGGGCCGCCUGCUGCGGGCCAAUCAGAUCGCGUUCGGCUGGGACCGGCUGGCGUCCUGGAUCCACCUGACGGAGCAGUGGCCCUACAGGACGUCCUGGCUGCUGCUGCACCUGGAGGAGACGGACGGCGUCCCCGACCACUGUCCCCUCAAGACGCUGUACGAGAGGGUGUUGAGGAACAUUCCGACCACGAAGGACGUGGAGCCGCUGCUGGAGAUCGACGGGGACGUCCGCAGCUUCGAGGUCUUCCUGUCCUCCAGGACUCCGGUUCUGACGGCCCGGGACGUCCGGACCUUCCUGCCCUGCACCGUCAACCUGGACCCCAAACUCAGGGAGAUCAUCGCAGAUGUGCGAGCUGCUCGGGAGCAGAUGAAUGUGGGCGGAGCCUCUUUCCCGCCCCUCCCCCUGCAGGAGGCCCAGCCCCGCCCCUCGUCCAUGUACAGCCAGGUGUCCUUGGGCCUGUCUCCGUCGGCGUCCUUCAGCGGACCCUUCCCUCCUCCGGCUGGGGGCGUGGCCUCCCCUCAGCCAAUCAGCAGCUACUUCAGUGGCUCGGCCGGACCGCAGCACCCCUUCUACAACCGGCCAUAUUUCCCCCUCCACCUUUACCAGCUGCCACGCCCCCUCAUGGCUCCUCCCCCUCACCUCCAUCCACGGCCGCCUGCUAGAGGCCGAGACGCCGCCACACCCGGCUCGGCCUCGGUGGUGUCGGCCGCUCCGUCCGUCCUCCUCAGCUCCAUGACCACCGAGUCCGUGUGCGAGCGCGUGCGGCUGAUCGAAGGCAUCGACCAGAGCAUGAUGGGACAGUACAGCGCCACCAUCAGGAAGGCCAACGUGAACGGGAGAGUUCUGUCUCAGUGUAACAUCGACGAGCUGAAGAAAGAGAUGAACAUGAACUUCGGGGACUGGCAGCUGUUCAGAGCCACGAUUCUUGACAUGCGUCACACGGAGAGCCAGGUUCUGCACGAGGAAGCCGCUAGCGAGCAAGGCAGCGUCGUGGGCGUGGCCUCCGAGAUGGGCCGGCGCGCCGUGGCCCCGCCCCUCGCCGGCGCCGCCAACCCGGACACGUCCCCGAUGUACAACUUCAACCUGAGCUUCGAGGAGCUGAGCACGGUGGGCCUGGACGACGCCGCGCGGCAGGGCGGCGCGCAGUGGAUGGGUGGCGCUCACAGGACCGCCAGCAUGAGCAGCCUGAACUCGCAGGAGUCGUCCAACGACAUCAGCCGGCUGACGGACCGGCAGCAGGCCGAGUACCGCGACGCCUACCAGGAGUACGUGGCGCAGAUGGCGCAGCUGGAGACGGGCGGCGGCGGCGAGAAGCCGGUCCAGCCCCAGCCGGGACACUUCAUGACGCCGUCCGCCGACGACAAGGGCAAGGACGGCGCCGAGCAGGACGGACGCAAGUCCUUCGCUAAGAGGGGCGGCAAGCCGGCGGCGGACGGCGGCGACUUCUCCGGCGCCGACGGCCUGGACCCCAUCAGGGAGGAGGACGAGAAGGGCGAGCACGGCGCGUCCCGGGCGCCGCUCGGCCGCAAAGCCUCGGCGGAGCGCGGCGGCCUGUUCCAGGGCGCCGCCGCCGACCUCAGGCUGAAGGCGGGCGGCGGCGGCGGCGGCCUCCGCUACCAGAAGCUGACCAGCGACGACGAGUCGGAGGAGUCGGACAACGCUCCGCUGCUCAAGGCGCCGGACGCCAAGCCGGCCGGCGGCUCGCUGGCGCUCAAGGGGAAGGACUACCUGUCGGACGCCACGCUGGACAAGAAGGACUCGUCCGACUCGGGCGUGCGCUCCAGCGAGAGCUCGCCCAACCACUCGCUGCAGGACGAGGAGGCGGAGCUGUCGCAGGCGGAGCGGCCCGACCCCAUGGAGCUGGACGGGGGGCGCGGCCUCCCCGGCGGCCCGCGGGACCCGGACCCGGCGGUCCGCAUGUCCAUCUGCUCCGAGGACCGCUGCAGCCUGCUGGCCAGCAGUCCCGAGGACAGCUGGCCCUCGUCCCGGUCCUUCAACCUCAACCGCACGCCCAGCAGCGUCACGCUCAACAACAACCGGCCCGGCCCCGGCCCCGCCCCCUCCACCGCCGCCGUCACCGGCACCGGCACCGCGCCCGGCCCCGACAACGAGAACGUCCGCGUGGUCCACCUGAAGAGGGGCCUGAAGCCCGGAGACCCCCCCGAGGUCUGCGCCGUGUCCUCCGACGCCGUGGCCUUCGGCGAGGAGCGCGAGAGCAUCCUGUGAGCCGGGGUCCUGCGGGGGCCGCCUGCUGACCCCCCACGCCCAGACCCACCUGGCACUACGGCGCCCCGCCCUGCACUACCCCGACCUGCCUGGACCCGCCCGGACCCGCCCCACACUGUCCUGCCCCCCCACGCCCACACCCACCCAGCGCCGACCCGCCUGGACCCGCCCGGACCCGCCCCACACUGUCCUGCCCCCCCACACCUAGACCCACCCAGCGCCAACCCAUCUGGACCCGCCCCAACCUACCCUGCCCUGACCCGCCCGCCACUACCCCAUCCUGUCCCGACGCGCCCCGCCCUGACCCGACCCACCUGGACCCGUCCCGCCCUGACCCGACCCACCUGGACC